AUGCAAUUUCUAACAUAAGAGAUGGUAAUUUCUUAUUAUUAUAUUUUAGGAUGGCAAGAUUUAAUUAAUAAUGUCCAAUUUUAUAAUUUUGGAGGGAUUCAAUAUUUUGGGAAACCUAGUAGUAGUCCAAUUUACAUUAGCAGAAUAUUUAUUGAUCUAGAAUCUCAUUCUCAUAUAUAUAUGA